GUUGGCUAUGGAAGAAUGUCGACAUUUUCUGCUCUCCAAUAACGCCUUUUAAAUAAAACGUUUUAACUUUAUUAUUUAUAUUCAGGCACUGGCAGUACAGCCAUAUGGGUCUUUCAAAUGUCUUCGCAAAAAAUACACAUGGCAGAAGUUUGUGCAGCGGCUCAGCACAGAGGAGGUAGCGAGUUUCAGUAACGUUGCUUUUAAUUAAGGCUCCACAAACCUCGCGGUUUAGAGAAGAUUUCAAGAUGAGCUUAGAGCCAUGUCCAUAUUGUGGAAAGCCAUUCAAAAGGCUGAAAUCUCACCUCCCUCACUGUAAAAUGUCUCCUGGUUCUAAGACCACCAAAAACAAUAAAGCUCCUGCAGAAUCACUCACUACUUCUCCUAAAGACACACCUCCUAAAGAAAAGAAAAGCAAAGUAAAUGUCUUUGACAAGAAGCUGAAUGACUCUUCCUUUCAGACUAUCUCAAAAAUUUCAGCAAAACCCAAGGUCAGUAUGACAGCUGAAAAGGUAAAUAUGGAUGAGCUCACUGUGACCAAAGCCCUGACAUCAGAGCGAAGGAACCCAGCUACAGUGAAGCCCAAAAUCAAGUGGCUUGCAAAAAGAGAACAGGAGAUGGCUAAACAAGCUAUACUUUUAACACCAAAGGGAAGCAAAUUAAUCUCAGACUCUCUACAGGAGAAGGAUAACUGCUUAGUUGAAACAUCGCAAUGCCAAGUUAAAGGAGCACUUCAAACAGAAGGCCAGAAUCAGAAAAUGCUUACAGGGGCCAAACUGACCACACUAGUAACCACCAAGAAGUUCACUGCCCCUGAUGUUUUGCAUGUUACAUGGACCACAGGCUCCCAGGCUGAGCGAAGUAUGCCAAAAUGUAAAGCAAAAGGAAACAUUUUGGAAGAAAUACAAAUUACCCCAAAGGCUUUGACCAAAGAUCAUGCAUCAACUCCAACAGUAAAAGAGCGAGCAGAUUUCAGUUUCUUUCAAACCAAGACUUGUGUGUGGGACCACUUUAAACAUGGACUUUAUGCCAGGAGAUCUGGUAUUAUGUCAUUGUUACACCCCACAGCAGAAACACAUGAAGCAUCUAUUUCUAACUGUAAAAAUACUACAGUUUUUCUACACAAGGCUCAUAUAGAAAAUAAUCAGAAUUCUGUUACAAAGGCAUCCUCUGCACCAUUGCUUGCAUCUGCCCAGACUUCAGUCAAAAGGCCUGCUGAAGACUUGCUUACUUUAGUAUUAGAAAGCAAGACUGUCGUGAAACGGACACCUGAGAUGGCAGCAGGUUAUGAUGGAGCACUGUUCUCACCAUUCAGGAACCCAGAAAUUUCCUCUAAUGAAGAUUUAUGGGCAAAGUGUGAAUCCACAAGGUCUCGUCCACAAAGUCAAGGUCCUGUGACAGAGCAGAGACUAGGGGAUGUAAGACUUGGCGAGCUUGCUGCCUGGCUUGGUGCUCGGACACCAAAAUCACCCAGAGAGGCCAUGACCAUGUUGAGCAGAGGUUGGCAGUGGUAUUACAGAAAGUACAUUGACGUGCAGAAAGGAGGAAUUGGAGGAAUUACAAUGCUGAUUGCUGGUUACUGUGUACUAAGUUACAUAUGGAGUUAUCCUCAUCUCAAGAAAGAACACUGGAGGAAGUACCACUAGAGUGGAGGAUUUUAGAAUUGAUGUUUCAGAAGUAUUUGAACCAUAGUGGAAAUAUGAAGGGAUACAAAGUGACACAUUUAAGAACAUAUUGAUAUGUUUUUUAUUUAGAAAAUGUCUAUUACUAUUAUUGUUAUUGUUAUUAUUGUUAUUAUUAUUAUUAUUUAUUAUUAUUGUUGUUGUUAUUUUCACUUUUUAAAGUUUUGUUUUUAAUAAAAAAAAUAAAAACAAUGAAUUUCUGCCACACUUGCAUACAUACAGAUACAAUCCUCUAUGAGUCCUGAUAAAUGCAUGGUAUGGUGACUGAAGUUGUACUUCAGCUUUAAAAUAAACUGAUGCAUGACCAUUUUCUAACCUCUCAUUUUACCUUAAAAUUAAACUAGCUGUUUGUUACUGAUCCUUUAGGAUUUGUAUAUGCAAAUAAGCUCUGUUAUGAUUGGCUGCCCUGUAUUGUGCCCCAUUCAAAAGUUGUCCAAAGCAGCAGAGCUAAAGGCUGUAGGCUGUAUGAAUGUAUUUACAGUACUGUGCAAAAUUAUAUAAGAAAAUUUGACCUAGAAAAAAAUCAUUUUGGGCAGUAAAUAAUUAUUUGCUCAACAAAUUCAUAUGAUGGUGGAAGGUAUUGAAGAGAAAUCUGCAAUUAAACGUAUCAAGAUAUUAACUACUUUGAGGGAAAAAAAAAAACAUCUUUUUGCUGCCUUAAUGUUAAAACAAUUACCACCAGUUCCUAAGACUUUUCAACAAUACUGUAUGUAAAUGUGA